AUGGCGUCGUCAGGAUUCCACAACCUCGAUGCGGCAGCGGAAGCCUUCUCAUCUACGAACGGUUCGAUGGCCAUUGUCCAAGAUGAAUCGACUCAGACGGCAACAAAGAGUGACGAGCCUCUUGCCCGGACGCCAUCCCUUAGUAGCUUCGCCCUGACGGAAUACAGCGCAAGGCCAACUCUUGCCACUGAGGACAUAGAGACACAUGUAAAAAAGAUUGUCCCUGAUGAGUUUCUAUUGCCAAACGGGACCCCGGAUUAUCUGCGCCUCAUCAUCACCUCCUACCCUCGGGUGCGAGAGGUGUGUAACGAAAUCCCGCUCGUCCAUGCGGUGAAUCUCAGCAACCGUUUGGAGUGCAACGUGUUGCUGAAACGAGAAGACGAACAGCCCGUCUUCAGUUUUAAGCUGAGGGGUGCCUACAACAAGAUGGCGCACCUAGACCGUGCUGAGUCUUGGAGAGGAGUGGUGUGCUGCAGCGCCGGGAAUCACGCCCAGGGUGUCGCAUACUCUGCUAGGAAGCUAAAGAUUCCGGCCACUAUUGUGAUGCCUAAGGGCACGCCUAGCAUCAAACACCUCAAUGUUUCGAGGAUGGGCGGCCAUGUGGUGCUGCACGGUGCUGAUUUCGACGAGGCCAAGGAGGAGUGCGCCCGGCGAGAAAAGCAGGGCGGCCUCAUCAACAUCCCCCCUUUCGACGACCCUUAUGUCAUUGCCGGCCAAGGUACCAUUGGCAUGGAAAUUCUCUCCCAGACGAACCUCCAGAAACUACAGGCCAUCUUUUGCUGCGUUGGAGGUGGCGGCCUGAUUGCCGGUGUCGGUGUUUAUGUGAAGCGCAUUGCGCCGCACGUCAAGAUUAUUGGAGUAGAAACCUACGACGCAGAUGCCAUGACGCAGUCCCUCAACAAAGGCGAAAGAGUCCUUCUCAAAGAUGUCGGUCUUUUUGCCGACGGUGCGGCGGUGAAGACAGUGGGCGAGGAGACCUUCCGCAUCUGCCAGGAAGUAGUGGAUGAGAUGGUUAGGGUAACCACCGACGAGGCGUGCGCCGCCAUCAAGGACAUGUUCGAAGACACCCGAUCCGUUGUUGAACCUGCGGGGGCCCUUGCCAUUGCCGGGCUCAAGAAGUGGGUUGCCGCAAACCCAUCUAGUGACCCAACCCGGUCAGUUGUGGCCGUCGCAUCUGGCGCAAAUAUGAACUUCGACCGGCUGGGUUUCGUCGCGGCUCGAGCUACGUAUGGCGAGGGACGGGAAGCCCUACUGGCCGCCAAAAUUCCGGAGCGCCCGGGCGCCUUUGCGGAACUCAUCAAUUCCAUCAUGCCGCACUCAGUGACAGAGUUCAGCUAUCGCUACGCCAGCAAAGCCGAAGCUAACGUGUUAGUUGGUAUCUCCCUCACGGCGCCAGGGAGCCAGCGAAUCCAGGAGUUGCAGAAUAUUAUCGGCCGCAUUAAAGAAUCCGGGACGAUGGAUGUGACGGAUUUAUCUGGGGACGAGCUAGCCAAGAGUCACCUCCGGUACAUGGUUGGUGGCCGAUCAAGCGUGCACAAUGAACGAUUGUACAUGUUCCGUUUCCCCGAAAGACCCGGUGCAUUGGAGCGGUUUCUCCAGACUCUACGGCCGAAAUACAACAUAAGUUUGUUCCACUACCGGAACUCGGGCGGUGAUAUUGGCCAGGUUUUGACAGGCAUUCUUUGCCCCGAUGAUGAGGUUACGGAGUUGCAGCGGUUUUUGAAGGAGAUUGGUUACCCAUGGGAGGACUGUACAGAUUCGUUGGUGUUCAAGAGGCUGUUAAGAGUAUAA